AUGAGAAAUAUAAAUUUUUUUGAAAUAUAUAAAAGAUUGGAUAUUAAUUACACAAAUAAACAAGUAAAUUCGUGUUCAAGCAUAAAUUUAAAAAAAGAUAAUAUUUGUCAAGAAGUUAUUACAAGAGAAAACCAAUCAACUGAAAGUGUUGGAUAUAAAGACCGUGAAAGCGAUGGAAUAUAUUUAGACAUUAACUUUAACUCUAACUCUAUUGCGCUUCAACCAUGUAUCGCAAUUAAAGAAAAUUCAUUUAGAUUACCAAUAUUUGAGUUAACGCAUGAUUUUCAAAUACCUCAUGUUACUUACCAAGUUAAACAAAAUAGUAGACUAUAUGAAGAAAUUUACUCGUUAGUGUAUUCUAAUUAUUCUAAUAUUAUAAUUAAUAAUGAAAUCAUUCCUUCCAGAAAAAUCAAGAUUUCUGAAACUAAACCUGUUUUUGAAGUUUCUGAAAAAGAAGGGCAUUCAUAUUCCGUAUUUUGGGAUGGUGAAGACAUCAAAUCUAACUCUUCAAUGUUAUUAGGGGAAAUUACUGGAUUACUAUAUAACAAUGAAAAAAAAUACCAUAACAAAUAUUCUUUUGAACUACCAAACAUUUCAAACGAGGAAUUAAACAUUAUUUUGGAUGCAUCUCAUUAUUGUAAUGAAUUUGUGUUUCUAAAGCAUUGUAGACUUCCUUUUCCAUUUGAUGAUCUGAGAAUAAGACCAAAUACUCAAUUACAAUGGUUGUUUAUUGACAAGUGGCCUCAUCUUGUUGUAUUAACUAUUCCUGGGACUGAAAUUAAACAUGGUGAUGAGCUUGUUGUUGACUUUGGAAACAAUUAUCAUAUGUAUUAUAUUAACGAUUUAAAAACAAUAUUCAAGGAUAUUAUUAGAAUUAAAGUGGAAAAUAAACAAGUUUUCCGAAUCUGCGCUGUUUGUAGAUUUGAAUUGGAGAAAGAUAUUAUUGAAUGUAAAAAAUGUAUUAUUUGCUGUGAAUAUAUACAUGAGAAAUGUGGUUAUUAUUACUUUAAGAGUGAAGUUUCAAUUUGCUGCCUUGUUUGCCUAAAAAAAUCAUUUAAUAUAAUUUUUGGAAUUAAUAAGAGAUUUGAUAAUCCUCUAAACGGAAAAAAUUUGGGUAAGGAUUCAAUUAUCAGUAUACUAAAAAUGUAUGAUGGUAAUGCUUGCGAAGAAUGCUUAUCAUUAUUUUGUAAGAAGGAUUCUGAGUUAGAAAGACGUAAGUCUACAUUUUUUUGCAAACUCAUUCAUGAAUUUUACCAGAUAGACAAGUAUUCUGAUAAUAUUGAUUCUUUUUACGCAGAAUAUACUUCAAAAUGCGAAAAUGAACUAAAUUCAAACGUCAAUAUAAACAUCAAGGUUUUAGAAAACUUUUACAAUAUAUUUGAGAGGUUAAUAAAAUACUUGAAGGUAUCUUGGGAGGAAAAUCAGCUUUACGAAAGUUUAAAACUAGAAUCGUAUUUUUUUCAAGAUUACUAUAUUAGUUUUUCGAACCACCAAUCAAAGUUUUUAUUUUCAGAUUCUUCGAUUUAUGAAAAAUGGGAAAAAUCCAAAUGGAAAGAUUUUAUCUAUUGGGACAAAGUAAAGAAUUGUUGGAUUGGAAUACUUAAACCGAAUGGAAUAUUUUCUAGAUUUAAUUGUUGCAAUAAACAUCCAACAAUAAUUGAGAGUUUUUAUGAAACUGAAAAGUGGGUAGAACAAAGAAUAAGUGAAACUACAAUUCAAAAAAAUUUGAUUUCUGCAAUAUUGUCGAACUACGACAAAAAUUCUAUUAUUAAUAAUGAAAACAAUUCUUCUAAAAAUUCGGAAGACAGUAUUUCCCACACUUACUACCACUCACCAUAUUUACCAACCGAUUUAGCGUCACACCCGGACUAUAAAAUAUUUAGCAGCGAAAAUGAAACUAGCAAAUAUCCUACUAAUCUAGCUACAUUUAGUGAUAUCAAGAAUCAAUUUUCAAUUAAUGAUGACCGAUUAUCAUUAAACAAAAAACCUAAAGAUAUUAAUGCUAUUCCUAAUACGGAAUCGCAAUUAUUUUCAUAUCCAAAUUCGCCAGAGUUUUUAUUGAAUGAUUUGAGGCCACGUGUUUCUUCUGCUGGUUACAUUCAAUGCUGUUCACCAGUGAAUAGAAAACGAAGAAUAAGAUCUACUCUACCUUUAACUUCGAAUGCUGCAAGGUGCCCAACCGAGUGGAGGGUUAGAGGAAUUACAUGGCAUGCAGAAAGAAAAGCAUUUAUUGUACCAUAUAGAAGGGAUAAAGAUGGUGGGCUUACUUCAACCACUUUUGGUGCGAUGAAAUACGGAAGUCCAUUAACCGCAUUUUUAAAAGCAUUGGAAUUUAGGGAGAAUUAUUUGAAGGAACAAUCAACGAAGCUUCCAGAAGAAAUAAAACAACCUGGUGUUAUUUGUGAUCAAGCUUUAUUAAUCAGAAAUUUGCCCAAUAUUAUUUGGGAUCCAAGUAAACUUGUAUGGAGAGCUCUUGCAGACGAGGAGCUGCUAAGUAAUGAUAAUUUGGCACAUAAAUUGAAUUUUAAUUCACAAGAUAUUGAGAUAAAUGCAAUCCCGUACGGAGCAAGGAUUGCAUAUGAAAUAGCUGAGGUUUGUUAUAUUCGUCGAAAAGCUCUUCUUCUUAAUUCGAAGGGUAACAUAAUACAAAAAAGUUCUGCUGGAGGUCGUUUGAGGAAUAAGACUAGUUCAGUAGAGAGCCUUGGAAACGAAUACCAAUUAAUAUUAGAAGAUCAAAGCCAUUCAUUUUUAUCAAAAGAUUCGCAAAUGGACACUAUGAACUCACAAAACCCUUGUUUCAAACAAAUAAGAUUAAAAAUUGUUUUUCCAACAGGGGAGGAAACUGUACGAAAUGAUUUGAUUGCGUGGCAUUUCAGAAGUAAUUCAUGGAUAAUCACCAAUGUUUUGGAUGGAAAUACUUCUAAUCAAACAAAAAACAUUAACUUUCUUAAUUACACAGAUUCUAAUGUGAAACAAAAAUCUCCAAUUCAGUCAUUAAUGUAUGCAAUUGAAUGUUGUACAUCAAUACCUCCAAAAUGCCAAGUUUACAUUCAUGCAGAGGAAGCCGAAUCAAUAAUUGAUUCUGAAGAUCUUGCAGAAUUAUUAAAACCAUUUCCAACAGGAAUAUCAUGGUAUUGCAAGAAAAGAAGGUUUUAUACAUCAAAUGGCCUCGACAGUAAUGGGAGAGGCCAGCAUUUCAGUAUUGCGUUGUAUGGCUCACUUAUCGCUGCAUUUAAUGCAGCAAUUGAUUAUAGAAAUAUUUUUUUGAAAAAUAGAAGAAAGGCGAUUUUGCCUAAAGUUGAAUGGAUAUUAUGCUUUCCGGUAAAUCGAAGCUCGAUUAAUAUAAAUUUAAAUGAAAGAAUAAAAGAGUCAGAUAUUGGUGUUGAUGGGAAUAUAGUAAAAAAUUUGGAUAUUUGUCAUAUCUAUGAUUUAUCUAACAGUUACAUGGGAAGUUGCAACACUAGAAAUGUUGAUAGAAUAAAUAGUCAAUUGCCAUCACUAAGUGCUUGUAUUUCAGGGGACUCAUACCAUUCCGGAAGUGAUUGGUUGCAACAUCCCACGACAGUAUCACUUUUAGAUGAUCAGAUGAUCGAACCACAAAAUGACUUGGAAAGCAGAAUAUUGAAUAUUGAAUUAAUAGAAUAA